CCCCGCGCGGGCCGGCGGCCGGGCAACGCCGCCCGGACUCCAACUCCCAGCGGGCCCCGCGCGCGGGGGCGGUCCCACGAGCGGACUCCAGUCCCCAGCAGGCCCCGCGGGGGGAGCGAGCCAGCGAGCACCAAUCCGUGCUGCGCCGCGUCGCGCGCAGGCGGCGAACGGCCCUGCGAGGGCGGGGCGGAGGCGAGCCAGUGCGACUGUGGUAGUUGCGCGCGGGGGGCCGGCUCUCGGCGGCGGGCCCACUCCGCUCCCGUCCCGGACCGCGGCCCCGGCCCCUCGCUUGCGAUCGGCCCCGUUCACUCCCCCAGUUCCCGCUUUCGGCCGCGCCCCGCCGCCAUGGCCCGGCCGUUAGUGCCCAGCUCGCAGAAGGCGCUGCUUAUGGAACUGAAAGAGCUGCAGGAGGAACCGGUUGAGGGUUUCCGGGUGACUCUGGCCGAUGAGGACGAUCUGUACAACUGGGAAGUGGCCAUCUUCGGACCCCCUAACACCUACUAUGAGGGUGGCUACUUUAAGGCUCGCCUCAAGUUUCCUGUGGAUUAUCCUUACUCCCCUCCGGCCUUCCGCUUCCUGUCAAAAAUGUGGCACCCCAACAUCUAUGAGAGUGGGGAUGUUUGUAUUUCAAUCCUCCAUCCUCCAGUAGAUGAUCCCCAGAGCGGGGAGCUCCCCUCCGAGAGAUGGAACCCCACCCAGAACGUCAGGACCAUCCUCUUAAGCGUGAUCUCUCUACUCAGUGAGCCAAACACGUUCUCACCAGCCAAUGUGGACGCCUCGGUGAUGUACCGCAAGUGGAAGGAAAGUAAAGGGAAAGAUCGGGAGUAUGUCGACAUCAUCCGGAAGCAAGUCCUGGAUACCAAGGAAGAUGCUGACCGUGAUGGGGUGAAAGUGCCAACCACCCUGGAUGAGUACUGUGUUAAGACCAAGGUUCCAGGCUCGGACGAAGGCUCCGAUCUCUUCUACGAUGACUAUUACGAGGACGAUGCGGUGGAAGAGGAAGCUGGCAGCUGCUUUGGGGACGAUGGCGAUGAUUCUGGCAAUGAGGAGUCUUGACAGCUCUCCCCACCCUCCCGACCGUGGGAGAUAACUAACUCAUAGGAUGUUACCUCAGACUAGCAACCUGACACGACUUUGAAAUUUCUGACGAUCUAUUGGUCUCCCUCACCCCCACCCCUCCACCUCCCGCAAAUGGACCCUCUACCUCACGGGAGAUUUAGAUUUAUCUUUGUCCUCAUUUUUCUGCGCAUUGAAGAAAAGCAGCAAUGA